AUGGCGAGCUACAUGACCUGCUCCGAAGUGAGCCUAAUAUGUCCCGUCGAAAGCACAACAUACGGAUAUUACCCCAGUUUCGGCGGAAACAUCUUCUUCACAGCCUUCUUUGCUUUUCUCGGAGUCUGCCAAACCGGCCUCGGCAUCUACUACCGAACAUGGACAUUCCUGAUAGCUCUCCUCGUUGGGACGUUUAUGGAAAUGGCCGGGUACAUUGGCCGAGUACUUAUGCACGAUAACCCAUGGUCUGGACCUGCAUUCAAGCUUCAGAUCGUGUGUCUGGUUCUCGCGCCGACCUUCAUCGCAGCCGGUGUUUACCUGACAUUGAAACAUAUCAUUCUGAGCUUGGGACCCGAACACUCAAUCUUAAAACCGCGCCUUUUCACAUGGAUUUUCAUUGGAUGCGAUAUUGGAUCCCUCCUUUUGCAGGCGGCAGGUGGUGGUGUGGCUGCAUCUGCUGGAAAGAGCGAUAUGCAUAUGCUUCAAAUUGGCGAUGAUAUUAUUAUCGCUGGUAUCGCCUUCCAGGUUGCGACUAUGGUGGUGUGUGCGUUCUUUGCUGUUGUCUUCUUCUGGAGGGUCUUCAAGCAUGGUGAUGGGUUUGCCGGGGAGAAGAACCUUGAUACUGGUGUUUCGACGAUUGUUCCUAAGUGGAUGCCGUUCAUUGUGGGAGCUGAGGUCUUUGCUUACUUCACUGUCUUGAUUCGCUGCAUUUAUCGUCUCCCAGAGAUGGCUGGUGGCUGGGGAAAUCCGCUGAUGCAGAAGGAGAAUGAGUUCCUUGUCUUGGAUGGAAUGAUGAUUGCGCUGGCCUGUCUGGCCUUUACCAUCUUCCACCCCGGAAUCUUCCUCCCAUCAUUGCGUUUCGCGCCCAAGAACAGCACAUAA